AUGGAGCCAGAAUACUCGAGUCAGGAACCGGCGCAACCAGCCUACGUGCCUGCCAUGGAAGUCCCGCCUGAGCAGCUGCAGCCCGAGCCAAUACAGCCCGAGCAGGUGCCCGUCCAAGGGGACCAGGAAGCGCAGAAGCACAUGGACCAGACCAUGGACGUCGCCGACGACAGCAUGAGCUCGACCAUCACCGCCUCUACUGUCACACCGCUGCCAGACCUCAAUCAAAACACCAGCCUUACCAACAGCCCCAACCCCUAUGAGCAGCCUCACCGACCGUCAACGUCGUACUCAGACACCGCGUACCAGUACACCACACACAACGGGUCACGUUUCAACACCUCCUCAGAUGCCGACACUCCCCCGAGACAUGGCUACUAUGACGCCAAUAAAGAGACACACAUGGGUCAGUCGCAUUCGCGGCCGAGCUCACAGAUGGGACGGUACCCGACUUCGGAGGGCAAUACGCGGUCAAACUCGUACCAAGAGCAGUCACGAAGCGCACAACAACAACAGCAGCAAGAGGCUGCCAAGAAUGCCAGCGUCGUCAUCAAGGUCGGCAUGGUUGGAGACGCGCAAAUUGGAAAGACCAGUCUGAUGGUCAAGUACGUCGAGGGCAGCUGGGACGAAGACUACAUCCAAACACUCGGUGUAAACUUCAUGGAAAAGACCAUCUCAAUUCGUAACACAGAGAUCACUUUCUCUAUCUGGGAUCUAGGUGGUCAACGUGAAUUCGUCAACAUGUUGCCGCUGGUCUGCAAUGACGCUGUUGCAAUACUUUUCAUGUUUGACUUGACACGGAAAAGCACACUCAACUCCAUCAAGGAGUGGUACCGACAGGGACGCGGCUUCAACAAGACUGCCAUCCCAUUUCUCGUUGGCACAAAAUACGACCACUUUGUCAACUUCCCACGAGAAGAACAGGAAGAGAUUUCUAACCAGGCUAAACGAUUUGCGCGAGCAAUGAAAGCCAGUCUAAUCUUCAGCUCGACUAGCCAUAGUAUCAACGUGCAGAAAAUCUUCAAGAUCGUGCUAUCAAAGGCCUUUGACCUGAAGUGCACCAUUCCCGAGAUAGAAAACAUCGGCGAACCCCUACUCCUCUACCAAGCCGUCUAG